AUGCCAUUAGUACAGUGUAUUAGUACCCAGCAAAUCCGAUCCGAUCCGCAAAUGGGCCUUCGGAAUCCGAUUUGUGCGACGCCUCGUUUGGACCAUCUUUCUCUCGCUCUUUCAGUCGUCAACCAAAAAAAAAUUCGUCCCGUUAUGUCAGCGUGGCGCCACAAUCGUGUGCACUUCCCGCGAGCUGGUCAUGCUCUUCAUAUGUUCAUGCUUCCCGUCCUCAUGUGCCUUUUCAUGCAAUACGGCAGCGAGGAUCUGAAAAUGAUGAAGCAGAUCUCGACGCUGUUCAAUGAGGCUCAAUUCCCGAAGCGUUUGAACAAUGAGACCGGGCUUCUUCUGAAACAAGUCGAGCUCGCCAAUGAGCAUCUGAUUCAUACGUACGGCACGGCCGUAUACGAGAAUGGUCUUAAUGCCUUUAUGGUGUUCUCAACCUUCGCCAGUCUCAUUAUCAGCAUCUUCUACUAUCGAGCGACGCCGGGAAUCGUGGCCAUCGUGACGGCUUCUCGUUCAGCCAAUUCCAGAAUCGCCCGAUUUCAGAUUCGCUGUUGUCAAUGGUCGGCGUUCGUGUUCAUCAUAUUGGGGGUAAUGCGACACUCGUUGGAAAUUGAGAGCUUCUCGAUUAUCGAGCGAGGAAUGAUGCCGGCGAGCAAAAUCGUCUCGGCCGCCGCUUUCGAGUCAUCGCUGAAUUGCACGAUCGACGCGAACGGCACCGACGAAUCGUUGUGCGGAUCGAUCAUCGAGAAGCUCGUCGGACAGCGUGACGCCAUCGUCUUCUACGCGAUUCUCAUCGUCGCCGCGUGCCUUCCAUUCACAAUUAGUACGGACCAUUAUAAGUCAACCAUAAUGCUGACGACUGACGCUUCAGAAUAUGCCGCUGAGAAGCGUUUGGAUGACGACGACGACGAUGAUGAUGAGCAGAAUGUCGAAUGCGUCGUGAUCGAGGUGAAAUCGACCGAAUCGCAUUGA